AUGACAGGCUGCAAUACUUCAGACAACAGCAAUGCGAUCUUUGACUCCCACGGCUUCGUAGAUGCGAGAGCAGUUCACAUAUUCACGACAGACGAUACCGGCCCGGGCGCGUUCACGGUUAUUGCAGCCCGUGAGGCCCCCGGGAGACUGGAAAUCCGCCCAAUGCAGGUGUGUCAUAGUUCCAUCUUGUUUGUCAUUGGUGAUCCGCACCUGGGCGUUCCAAGGUUCGAGGCGCCACCAGGGAAGACCCUGGGCCUCGGAGGCGCGGCUCAGCCCGUCGGGUUCCGGACGCAUGACGACGAGAGGAGGAGCCUGACUUGCUCAUCAAGGCUUGAUACCAGACGCCAGGGCCCGAGAGGGGUAUCGGCAUUGCUGCUUUGCUUGAGAAAGUUUGUUGGAUAUCUCGCCGGCACCUCGGGGUGGUAA